AUGACCCGCGUCCCCAUGACCCGCGUCCCCAUGACCCGGGUCCCCAUGACCUGCGUCCCCAUGACCUGCGUCCCCAUGACCCGCGUCCCCAUGACCUGCGUCCCCAUGACCUGCGUCCCCAUGACCUGCGUCUCCAUGACCUGCGUCCCCAUGACCCGCGUCCCCAUGACCUGCGUCCCCAUGACCCGCGUCCCCAUGACCCGUGUCCCCAUGACCUGCGUCCCCAUGACCUGCGUCCCCAUGACCCGCGUCCCCAUAACCCGCGUCCCCAUGACCUGCGUCCCCAUGACCUGCGUCCCCAUGACCUGCGUCCCCAUGACCCACGUCCCCAUGACCUGCGUACCCAUGACCUGCGUCCCCCAUGACCCGCGUCCCCCAUGA